CUGAAGUUGCAUCUGCUGCUCUUCCAUUGGCUGGUUAGUGAUCAGAUUCACUUUCUUUUCUGUAAAAAAUUCUUCUGCUUGUUGCAACGCCUUUCGUUGUCCACUGUGGGUUGGUCAACUUCUUUAGUUGCAAAACUACAAAAUAGGUAAGUUCAGAGAACAAUCUCUUUUCGAAAAAAGCUAAUUGGCCUAACCCAUUAUUACAUUUGUAUAAAGACGUUGAAUGUCUUUUACUUUCCAAAAUAAAUGACCUAAUUUGGAGAAAUGAUAGCAAUAUGAUAAAUAGAUAAGUUUCUGCUGUCUGCGCCUUUAUGAAUACUUUAAUGUUGUACAGCAACUGCUAUGUUUGUAUGUUCUCCACCAACUCCACAAGUGCUAUAAACUUAAACCCCACGAAACAUGUGCCUCCAGUUUAUGCCCAUCUGAAGUAGGCCUGUUCUCCAUAAAACCAGAACCAUACAUUCUACUACUUGCAAUCUUUUAGGUAUAUUCAUACUCCAUUUCUCUUCAACCCGAGGAAAUAACCUCUUGAUACUGCUUUUUGUUUGUCAUGAUCUUGACAUAAUUGUUGUUUCACUGAUGGAGCAAAAAUUGAGAUGAACAACUAUGUGUUAGGCAUAGCCAGGCAAUCAGAUUGUAAUCAUGAUAAUAGCGAUAUCAAUGAUAUUGCUCUUUGUUGGGAUCGGAGUUCUGAUCCUGAUUCACAUCUGUAUCGUUGGGAGAGCAUACAGACGAGGAAUUGGAACUACUAACAUAGUCGAAAGAGGCAGCUUAGCUAGCAACAGCAUGUCCCAUGAGGAUAUAGAAAAGCUUCCUUCCUAUGCCUUUCAGUCCAAAGAUAAAGGAACCAGUCCAAUGGAAUGUGCUGUUUGUUUGGAUAAUCUCAAAGUAGGUGAAAAGUGCAGAUCUACUGCUGAUUUUCUUAAAGGUGGAUCGAUAUCUGGUGGAGAAAGUAGCCGAUACAGUGAAAGUGGAAGGCAGGAAUUAAACGCGGAAACUGCUGAAUUAGCAAUGAUAUUGGUACCAGAGAGUGACACUCCUAUCAACAACUUAAGCUUUGAGACGAGAACAAGUCAGAGUACAGCCCAAGACAGUGAGCAAUUGAGUGGAACUGGUCAAAUAGAUGACCAAAUUACUAGUGAAGUUAAUGUGAACAUUAGUGAGAAUUCUACUGAGUUGAGAGUAAUUACCCAAACUAUAGAAAGUAUAAAUUUGGUCAAUGAAGAAAUACAGCAAUAAAGAAACACCAAACAGCUCAAUUAAGCUAAUUAAUUAGCUGAUCAGAGUUGACAAUCAUUAUAUACGUAUGUUGCUUAAUUUACCAAGAAAAUAUUUCUUUGAAUGUAUAAAUAUAUUCUUCUUUUUUUAUUUAUAUAAAAAGGUUUGUUGUUGAUUGUUUGCAA